AUGAACGAUCUUCAGUCAUCUUUGUCAGCUUUGGUGCCCUGGGUGAGCAGGCAACGAGGCCAAAGAUUGAAACGGAAGUUGGAAUGCCUAUACGAGAGUGGAUUCAAGCUUGAGGCAUUUCAGGUUCCAUCUGACGACUCUGAAUCUGACUCAGAUGCACCAGACCAUCGAUACUACUCUCACAACUUUGAUUUUGCCAGCUUUGUUGACUCCCAGCUGGUCUUGACUCAGCUGACAGUUGGUUGGUUGCAAUGCGUUGCAUUUUCAGCGCAGGUAGCAUUUUCACAAAGAUUGAAAACACCUGAGGCUGAGACGUCUACCAAAGGAGAGAGAAUUGCAGCUACAGGGUGCCAAUGGGUUGCCAUUGUCUUGGAUGUGCUGAGGGAGCACCUCCUGAACAAAAGGCACCCUUCGUCGUACGGUAGUGAUUGCUCAGGGUUAGAUGCGCCGUGGUGGGCCCUGCGUGAGCUUUUCAUGGGAAUGAAGGCAGCUGAUGUUGAAAUGAAAGACCUGAUCUAUGAUUUUGCGUCUGAAGCGCCAGGCCAAGAAGGCAUUUGGCAAAAGAGGAUGCUGUUGUUGAACGCCACACCAAGUGGCCCGAAUAUCAUUUUCAACGACAUGUUUGCCUUCGGCAAGCGUAUUUUUCAUGAUAUGACUGACCCAGGUCAGGUAGUCAAUAUACCGGAAGUCGAUUGGUAUACUGGUGGCUUUGAAUGCCAGGAUCUAAGCACUUUGAAUGUGGCUAGAAAGGAAUUGACAUUGGACAUUGAUGAGCAGUCUGGCAUGAGCAGCAAGACUUUAGUGAAAUCCUUGGAGUAUGUGCAGGAAAAAAAACCAGCCUAUAUCAUCAUCGAAAAUGUCGCGAGAAAGAACACAGCUGACACUGUCCUGUCAGCCUUGCGUCGAAUUGGCUAUGAAUGCGUCGCCGUAUUCACGAACAGCGCCAGCUUUGGGGUGCCGCAAUCACGCACCCGCUUGUACAUAGCAGGGGUUUGGCCGGCCAAGGUGAAAAUAAUCCAUGGUCCAGAACAAUGGAUUCAGUGGUUGGAGGACAUUUGCAAAAUGUCGAAGACCACGGGGUUUGCUAGUUCCCUUCUCCCUGAUGACGACGAACAAGUUCAGAGUAUGUUGAGUCAACGUCAGCAGAUGGAGAUGAACCCAGCAGAUAUGUUGGUGGCUCUAAAGACCGGCGAGACCUGGCCAAAGUGUUUUGCAAAGCACUUGGAAGCACGCGCGCAUUUGUCUUCGUUGCUUGAACGGGAGGUGCCAACGCAUGAGGAAUUGCUGGCGACUUUUGGAAACCACUGGAGCAAGACAUUGCCAGCCAGAGAGCAAGAUAUAUUGUAUUUGCACUUGUGGGCGUUGGAGCAUCACCGUGGAUCAACAGACCCUUCGUUGAUUUGGGACUUGACUCACAACAUUACCUUCCAGCAGUGGAAGGAACACGCUUAUGAAGACACUCUACCCUGCCUUCUCCGGAACCAUCGUUACUGGCAUGUCGGUCGAAGAAGACACUUGGUUCCUGGUUAA